UGGGCCCUGGGCCCCGGGGGCUCCCCGGCGGGGGGGCGCCCGGGCGGCCAGGCCCCCUGCGCCGCCUCCGCGUCCGCACUCGGCGGGUUCGCGCGGGACGCGGCCGCCGCGCACAUGCUCAAGCUCUACGAGCAGUACAACCGGCGGGGCGGCCGGCCCCGCGACGGCAACACGGUGCGCAGCUUCCGCGGCCGCCCAGAAUUCAUGGCACAAAGGCCUGUCUACUGCUUCAAUCUGACGUCAAUGCAGGAUUCGGAGAUGAUCCUUGCUGCCACGUUCCACUUCUAUGUGGACAAACGUGCGCGGCACCGGGAAACGUUUUGUAAGCGGUCCAAGAACUCGUCCUGCCGCCUCCUUCACCUGCCCCAGAUCCUGCAGCUCAACGUCAUUUUCCGAAGCGUUCCCCRGAACUCUGCCUAUGGACUAGUCAAGGGGAACAUCACUGUGUUUCUGCAAAGACGAGGGGCUUGGCACACAAAGGACAUUUCACACCUUAUAAAAGAAUCAAAACAGGCUGGGGAGCUCAUUCUCUGUGCUGAGCUUGAUUCUGGAGAAAAAUACCAGGGCUUCCCUGAACAAGUUGCCAGUCACUUGCCUUAUAUACUGGUUUAUGCCAAUGAUCUUGCAAUCUCUGAACCAAACAGUGUAGCAGUCACCCUACAGCGGUAUGACCCAUUUCCUUCCAAUGAUGGGGACACAAAUCUAUCCCCAAAUGCUUCUAAUGAUACUCGGGUGAAGAGGGAUACAUAUCCCGGUAGCUCUAUUCAGAACAAUGAGUUGCCAGAAGUAGAAUACAGCAACAAAUACAGUAAACAUGAUACAUGGGAGAAUGCCUACAAGUCCUUAAAGCCAAAAGCCUCACGCAAAGACCGAAGGAGAAAAGGGCAAGAAAAUACAGAAACACUCUCAAAAUCUCAGGUGCUAAAUUUUGAUGAGAAAACAAUGAAGAAAGCAAGGCGAAAACAAUGGAACGAGCCAAGGAUUUGUUCAAGAAGAUACAUGAAAGUUGACUUUGCUGAUAUUGGCUGGAAUGAAUGGAUCAUAUCUCCAAAAUCAUUCGAUGCCUACUACUGUGCAGGGGCAUGUGAAUUUCCAAUGCCUAAGAUUGUCCGGCCAUCAAACCAUGCUACAAUCCAGAGCAUCGUAAAAGCAGUGGGCAUCAUUCCCGGCAUUCCAGAGCCCUGCUGCGUUCCCGACAAAAUGAGCUCGCUCAGCGUGCUCUUCUUAGACGAGAACAAAAACGUGGUUUUAAAGGUAUAUCCCAACAUGUCAGUUGAAACCUGCGCGUGCCGAUAAGUUCAUACAAAUGCAUCUCUAGCAAGACCACCCUGCCCAACUACACUGAAAAAGCCGUGAAUGGGAAACGAAUCCAUGGCUGCCGCCAAGCAAACGCAGCCCGACAGCUCCUACAGACAGCAUACAGAGGGACGGAAGCCGCCUGCCUGGAAGGAUACAUCCCAAUACCAUCUGCCUUGCUGGUGUAGCUAACAGUGAUUCGCCUUCCGGGACAUCAACACUUCGCAAUUCCUUGUUAACUCAUCUAGCCAAGAAACAUGGUGUUUAGUGCAGAAAUCUAAAUGGAAAGUCUUCCAUAAUCAAAGGACUAAAAUAUGUUCUUAUAUGCUAUUUUUCUGUUUUCUCUCUUCAGUUAACCAAGAAGAUGGGAAGUGAACUUGCAAAGCAGGCUUAUUCUAGAAUAUCACUGUACACAUUUGAUUUGUACACAAAUCAAAACUUUUUGCCUAAAACACUCAUACUCUUAAUCUGCAUAUUUAUACUGAAAAUGCUGUAAUAAAGGGCUUAAUAUGUAUAUUUUCUUCAGGAUGCAAGUGUAGUGCACUGUAUAAGCUUUUAUGUAUACAGUAUGUUAAUAUAACCAUUUUCGGUUACCCCUCCCUGAUAUAUAAUUUGUUCUACAAAAGGCAUAUGUAAUACCCCGUACUCCUGGUUUGCUGGAUAAUUUCAGGUUGUUAAACAUGUAUUCUCUGAAUAACAUACUAUAUAGUAAUUUGUUGAAAUACUAAAAAUAAAAUAACCAAGAUUUAUAUU